AUGGGAAGACUUCUCUUGAUCAAUCUUGAAGGAUACUUCUACAGCUGCAACCAUUGCGACACACCUUUAGCCCUUGUUAAUCAUCUCCUUUCAACGAAGUUCGAAUGCCCUUACAAAGGGCGGGCUUAUCUUUUUGAUAAAGUUGUGAAUGUCUUGGACGGAGAGAGAGAAGACCCAGUCCCAGGAUCGCAUUCUACUAUCGUCAAAAUAUUCUGCGGUAGAUGCGAGUACUUUCUUGGAUGGAAAUUUGUGUUUGCUUACGCCGUCAUUCUUAGAUAUAAAGAAGGAAAGUUUAUCCUUGCAAGGUAA